CAUCCCCCUUUUACGGUUAACCAGCCGGACAGGCUUUAUUUCUUCUUCUCUGAGGUUUCAACGCAGCCGGUGUUAUCAAAAUUACAAUACCGCCAUCUAGUUGACUUAGGCCGUUAUGAAGGAAACGGUUUCAACGCAGCCGGUGUUAUCAAAAUUACAAUACCGCCAUCUAGUGGACUUAGGCCGUUAUGAAGGAAACGACAUUUAUCAUCACAAAAAUGUAUGGACGAGGAGGUGGGCUGCGUUUAGACGCUGGAUUGGUGCAGACAGGAGGAAACGAAACGGACGAGACGUCAUCGCAGGGUCAUCAGAAUCCCAGCUGGGAUUUAGCAGUGAUGCCAGAGAAGCUGAGAGCUCACAGCACCUCAAGAUUGACAUCCCCUAUGAGUCGGCAGAGCUCUGCAUCGCUCAGAUUGUUGAGGACAUGAAAGUAAUGAAGAAAAGGCAUCUGCAAACAGUACAGGAACUAGAGGCGAAUUUCCAGACCAAAACUCAGGAAUCACAGGAAUGGAUCAAGCAAAAAGUCACAUUUCACUAUCAGAACAAACUGAAUACCCUGAGGAGAUUCUUGGAGGUCUAUCGUAACAAUGUGGAAAAGAAGAAAGCCGACUGGGAGAAGAAAGUCACAGAGCUGACUGCUCAGAAUGAGCAGCUGCUGGUGGAGCAGAGAGCAGAGAGGAGAAGAUGGAAAGAAGAGGCCCUACAAUGGCAGGAAGAAAAGAGCAAGAUGCUGGAGCUGUUCUCCAGCAGGCUGGAUAUCAUGCACUGCCACCAGGCCUCCACAUUGCAUGAGCUGCAGAUGGCCAGACAAGAAAUUGGGCAAGUUCAAGAAAUGUUGACAGUUUCAUCAUCACAGGAGCCACAUGAAUCAGCAGAGGAGGAGCAAGGGUCAGUUAACAAAGAACAAACUAUGACAUGCGCUGUCUCUGAUCAGCCACUGGAGGGAGCUAAUGCCCGGUUGGAGGAGCUUAAGGAGAGCCUGUAUCAGAAGGAAAGGGAGAUCACUGAGUUGCUGGAAGCAGAGAGGAGCCCCAUCCCUCCUAUCCCACAGCCACACUGCAGCAUCCUGCUCCCCAUUGUCAUAACCAAGGCCCAUGAAAUCACUAGUGCAGUGGCUGAGUCAAGAGCUCUUUUGGACCAAAUGAUUGAAGACAAUCAGGUCGCUCUGGCUGAAGCCCGGGAAAAACUGCGUCUGCACCGUCAAAGCACUAAAGAAGACAGCAAUGAUAAAGAAAGGCCCUCCAAUCAAGAGGGAUCAGAUGGGUCAAGUUUGUCUUUUCUUCAAGAGGCAGUGAGGGAGUGUGAGGUCUGUCAAAUUGCUUUGGAUUGCCUCAGAACUGGAGAAAGCCCUGUUUUGAAUGAUUGUGAAAUGUCUGAACUGGAGGACCUUGUGGGACAAGAGACACUUUCAACCUCACAAAGGUCCAUAAAAGUUGUUGGCCAUCAACUUCUCCUGCUGCAGGAUCAGUUGAAGCGAGAAAAGGAAGAGAAAAAGAAAGUGAUUGAGAAUUACACAACAGAAAGGGCAAUGAGGAAAAAAUAUUACAACAUGGUGGAAGAAAUGAAAGGUAAAAUCAGGGUGUUCUGUCGAAUCCGUCCAGUGUACCGCAGUGAAGCCACACAGGGUGGGGCCAUUGUGGUGGAUAAAUUAGAUGAUUACUCUGUUUCCGUGGAAACUCCCCGUGGGCCCAGAGAGUUUCAGUUUGAUAAAGUGUUCAGUGCAGAGGCCUCUCAGGAAGACUUGUUUCAGGAUGUAAACAGGCUGAUGCAGUCAGUCAUCGAUGGCUUCAAUGUUUGUAUCUUUGCCUAUGGCCAGACAGGCUCAGGGAAAACCUUUACCAUGGUUGGGGACAAAGAUCAGAAGAACCCUGGGAUUAUGCCUAGAUCGUUUAACGCCAUAUUUAACAUCAUGCAGGAGAACACCUCUAAAUUUGACUUCAAGGUUUCCGCCUAUAUGCUGGAGCUGUACAACGACAGGCUGCAGGACCUCUUUGUGAGCCAGACGGGUGAGGCCCAUGCCCAAACACAACCCCAUGGCCCGACUAGGCGGGUGGAGAUCAAACGGAACAGAAAGGGGGUUGUGUUUGCCCAAGGAGCAGAGACAAAGGAGGCUUCCAGUGCCCAGGAGCUUUAUGCACUGUUCCAGCAGGCUUGUGCCAACCGACACAUCUCCGCCACCAAGAUGAAUGUGGAGAGUUCCCGCUCUCAUCUUAUUGUUGGCAUCAUGGUGGAAAGCAGGAAUCUGACUAAUGGGAGUGUGAACUCAGGAAAGCUAAGCCUUGUCGACCUGGCAGGGAGUGAAAGGGCAGCAAAGACCGGUGCCAAGGACCACCAGCUUAAGGAGGCAAACUCGAUCAACAAGUCUCUGAGUGCCUUGGGUGAUGUGAUCUCUGCUUUGUCUGCAGAGCUGCCGCAUGUACCGUACAGGAACAGCAAGCUAACACAGGUUAUGCAGGACUCUUUGGGUGGAAACGCCAAAACCCUCAUGAUUGUCAACAUCUCCCCAUCAGAACACAACCUUGAGGAAACUAUCACUUCCCUCAUUUAUGCAACCAGAGUGAAGGCCAUAACUAACAACGCUCAGAGAAAUGUGGACAGUAAAGAGAUCGCCCAGCUGAAGGAGGUGAUCAUGAAGCUGAAAUCUGGACAGACAGUGGAAGAGGUGGAUGUCUGAGGGAUGCGGAGCUGCAUGUUGUGUUUUGUGUCAUGUUUUAAUCUUUCAUUAAAAUCUAUAUUCAUUUUCAAUACUGGAUAAAGAUCACAAUGCUGGAAAAUAACAUUUGUUUUAUUGGAGGAUUGCAGAGUAUUUGUAAAUGGAUACUGAUGAAUGGAGCUAAAUCAAUAAAUGUCCUUUAAUUCACUAUGUGUCUAAAAAAACAUGCAAAGAAUUUGUACUUCAAAGCACAAUCCAGUGUAAGUAAAAAUUCAAUGCA